UAAUUAGUACGAGAGCAACAGAUCUUCAAACUAUAUAUAUAUAUAGGAAUUAUCCUAUAUAUAGACCAACAAUCUUCAUCUCCCAACUCCGAAAAAUCCAAAAGCCCAGGAAAAAGAAAAAACAAAGGGCGGGACAAAGAAGCCAUGAUAAAAGAACUCAACCUGCAGCAUGUCAGAGAUAAGGAAGCCAUGAUUCUUCAAGAAGUGUGGCGCCACAAUCUGCACGAAGAACUCAACCUCAUAUCAGAGCUCCGCAGGUCGUGCAACUUCGUCUUCGUCGACACGGAGUUCCCGGGCUUCCUUAAGCCGGCUCCUCACCGUGCCCCGAGAGAAGACACAUACAGCGCUCUCAAGUACAACGUCGACAGGAUGAAGUUGGUGCAGGUAGGGAUCACGCUGUCCGACAGCAAGCGCUUUUUCACCUGGCAAUUCAACUUGAAAGAUUUCGAUCCUGAAGUAGACAACUGUUCGAAGGACUCCAUCGAGUUCCUGAAAAGGAACGGCAUUGAUUUCUGUAAGAACGGCAAGGAUGGGGUGAGUGCGGCCGUUCUCUCGAAAGGGCUGACGGAGAAACUAAUAAGAGGAUGCGAAGGGCUGAGGUGGGUCACUUUCCACGGUUUAUACGACCUCGCGUACCUGAUAAAGAUCGUCUACAAGAUGCCUCUGCCGGAGACGCUGAACGGUUUCUUGGGCCUUGUGCGGGAACUAUUUGGGGCGAUGGUUUAUGAUGUGAAAUACAUGGCGAAAGAAUGUGAUGCGCGUUUCGCCGAAGCAGGCUUGUUGAAGCUGUCGAGGAUGCUUGAGAUCAACUGGAAAGGGACCUCUCGUCAGGCCGGUCGUGAUAGUCUGCUGACGGCGAUGGUUUUCUGGGAGAUGAAGAAAAGGUUUGCCGAUUUCAACGAAGAAGCGCAUGCUGGGGCAUUAUACGAGUUGGAAGAGCAUGCGAGAGACGAGUCCGUGAAUGUUGCGACGACGUCGUAUGAUCGUGUGGCUCCUGUCAGGGUUUCUAGGGGUCCAAGUUCUGUGCCGUUUGGCUAUGCUAUGCUUCCGAGUCCAAGUUCUAUGCCCCCGCAUGGUUAUCCUCCAGUAGCCGUAGGCUAUUGCCCUCCACCUUAUGGUUACUGGCUAGCUCCAGGGCCUUUUUUUUAUGCUCCGCCGCAAUGAAAGUUGUUGGAUGUACUUGGUUGGAUUUUUCUAGCAUAAAGUUUGCAAUCCAAGCCAAUUUUGAGUUUCUCAAGUUUUCUUGUUUCGUUAGUAAUCAGUUGGGUUGUUUGUUUGCACUUGUCAAUAAGUUCAUUUUACAGGCAGCAGAGAUGUUCGAUCGGUUUUGGGUUUCUUUUGAUUCUGUACGUGGUCACACUUGCUAUGAGAUAUCUAAACUACUAGCCAAAAGAUAUUAGCUAAGCGUUGGAGAAUAUUUCAAUGUCUUGCCAUUCUGUAUUUACCUGUUAAGUUCGAGAGCCUUUUCAUUAUGUUCGAUCUACUGUAAUAAUCUAUCUAUAUGAUCAUUUUUU